UCCAACUCUGCAGCACUAAAGGAACCGAUACAUUACCUCACCAUGACACAAAUCAAUCUGCUCUACUUGCACUUCCCUCAGAGUGCCUCAUGCAUGUCACAUCUACUCUGGAUCCCAAAUCUUUUUAUUCGCUUUCAAUGGCCAAUCGUGCCCUUUUCGAGCAUGUUUCUAAUGACAGGACGUGGAAGAUUGCUUUCUCGGUCCAGUUCCUUGGCCUCGAGCCUGAAUCCGAGAUCGAUGAUCCAAAGGGGAAGGCCUUACUUCUUAGACGGAUCGAGUCAUCGUGGAAGAAAGAGUUCAUUGCCCGAUGGGCCUUAUUAAGGCGUUUGCGCGAUUCACGAUCCCCCACCAUUAGCCAUACCCCACAUCACGGGAUUAUAUCGUCUAUGAUGCUCUUGAACGACCGGGCUUCGCUUUUGACCUCCUCCCUUGAGCAUGGUGUAGUUUCUCGGAGCAUCCCUUUCACGGGAAAAGUCUUGAAGGGUCAUUUAGAUACUCACGGAUCGCUCAAUGGAAUUGGCAAUCCUAAUGCCGAAUUCCCGCCAGGAGUGUCUGUUAUUGGGAUGUACCCCUCGCCUCAAGGUGUUUCAGCCCCCUCGUCCCAGUCGACCCCAAGGGUAGUCUGGGGAUUUUUUGAUGGAUGCAUCGCAUGUACGACUGCCCCAAAAGUCAUGAGUCUUGAUAAGAGCGCACGGUCUGCAAAAUUUGUUCGCUGCCGCGUGCAAGACAUGCAUCCAGGCGUUGUAUCUUCGGUUGCUUUCGGAGAGGAAGGCGUUAUUCUGGGAGGAAUAAUAAAUGACUCUUUGUCAUUUGUCAGUGCAUGCAGGAUGGGCGUAGUCAAAUUAUGGGAGUCCAAAUCGAUGACUUGCCUUUGGACUGGCUCUGUUGUCGAGCUUGGGGAUACACCUCACCUUGCUUCUCUCGGGGACUCGCAACUGGCAAUUCAGAAGGUAGCCUACGACGCUGUUGCCGGCCAUAUCGUCGCCGCUUUGCAGUGCGGGGACGUCGCUCUCUGGUCUGGAAUGGAUGUGCGAGUCAAGGCAUGUGGCCCCAGUUCUGCUCCAACGCCAUCCGUGACCCCCGUUUCACUCACCGCAUUCGAUACUUCGAAGCUCGAGUUCAGGUUCCUUCGUUCUACCCGUCUCACAAGACCUUCCGCUGCUAGUGACAUAACCGUAUCCAUGUUAUCCGCCGACCGUGGUGUCCCUAAUUGUCUUUUUCUCCAAAAAUCUCAAAUUAAAGGCUGCUCGUAUCACGUGCCGGAUGAGUUACGAUUUGGCGUGUCGUACACGGGGGAGCCUGGCUUCUAUCGCUUUGCCAUUAGUUUCCGAUCAGCAGACGAUAUAGUUGCUCAGGACAUCGUGCCGUAUCCAGUCCAGUCCAGUAAUGUCACAAAGUUUUCCGGUAUCUCAGCAAGCAGUACAAUCACUCUCUUCGCGAACCUGGUUCCGAUCUCUCAUACGCAACAGGAUGCGCCCACUCGUCCCGACUCAGUGUCUGAAAUGUUGGUAAUGGCAUCUUCUAAGGGUGUAGAUGUUUCGACCCCACCUAACUUCCCCAUCGCUUCGCCAUCACUAGCCCUAUCUACUUCUAUAUCGACCAGUGUUACAGAGCAACAAGGCCCCAAGCCGCGGAGCUUUGUCGUUGGCGGCGACACUUUGGGGUUCGUCAGCAUCUGGGAUUGGGAUAGCAUAGGAGUCUCUGAUUCAGACAGAUGCACGUAUCCUGUGACAAAAGCAAGAUACCGAUGGGAAGCUUACAAUGAUGCCUCUGUGACAGCAAUUGGAAUGAGUGAAACCGCUAUAGCGACAGGGAGUUCGAGCGGCAGGCUCAGUCUUUGGAACCUAGCAACGUUUGAGCUCAUUCGUUCUUUCAUGCCUCUUAAACGAAGCACUCAACCCCACAGUCACAUCACGCAACCUGGUCCAGAUUUGGCGGUGUCCCAAAUCAUUUUUGGGCACGAAGUCCUUGUGGCCAGUAUCGGAAAUAGGGCGGUAGCAUGGCGGGCUUUGCUCGGGGAAUCAGAAGCCAAGUCUACUCUGAAGUCCAAAAGAAGACGAGGGAAUAACGCGACUGCGAAAUGGCACCUACAGAUGGAACUGAGAAACGAUAUCGCUGAGUCUCGCAAAGAGCUGGACGAUGAACACACUACCUCCCUGAUGGCUCAUAAUCGAUUGCGGGAUCAAGUGAGCACCAUGCAAGAGCUUGGCUUGGAUGAGAUCGAGGCAGUUGAAUACGCCCUCAUGCUGAGCCGUGAUGAAGAAGAAGCAAGGAUUCGUGCCAAUGUGGCCGAGAGGCUCACCCAGUCUAUUGAAAGCGAUGAUGGACCCUUCAGCGACGAUAUCCUGGACGUCCCUGGGACGUGCUGCGACAAUUCCGAGUCCAUCCCGUCUCUUGGAGAUCCGACUCCCGAGGCUGUGUCGUUCUCAUCAAUUCCUGAUGCUACACAUUCACAAUCCCCUCACCUUUCUACUCCUAUCCCAUCCCCUCCUGUUUCUGCUCGUGUACCGCCGUCAUCAGUUUCUUUUCCAAUCUUGGCAUGCUCUCUUUCUCCCAGGAGCUUUGGAAGUCCAAAGAUCAUGGUGUCUCCGAGGACGCGCCUCGAACCCACGGGGGCAGGGAGCUCCUUCAUUGUGGAUGCAUCCCUCUUGUGCCUAAGUCCACAUCAUGGGGACUCAAUGGCUCAGUCUUCCAGCACGACAAAUAUCGCCUCCAUCGAUAACACCACAGAUACUCACACAUCACGUCCGCGGCCAUCAACUAUGUCGGCCAAUCAAGCUGCAGGGCUAGAAUUGGCCUCAGGAUGGCCGCCUGUAGCACCGUCAUCCGUCUCCGCAUCACCUGCCCCUGAAGCAACACCGUCAAGUAGUACAGGAAGGUCUUGGAGUGCCGUAGUCUGCUCCCCCGUGCCACCUGCUUUGCUCCCUACCUGUGCUAUACCGGCAUCCACUGCGAACGUGCAACCUGUGGAGCCUAUUUUCACCAAUAGCUCGGCUGCAAUUGCGCAAGGUGGUUCGUAUGCAGCAAAGGCGUCCUCCGGAGGAGCAAGUCUAGUCAAUUCAGCGUCGGGGGGCGUUCGCGCUCGACCUUCUCUUCUCACCGCGAGCCUUGCGGGACACAAUUUGACUCAGCCGGUUUCGGCAAAAGACAAACACGACCGGACAUUAGUUGUUCGUCCAAGAGCCAUGUCUCAUGAUAGAAGUAUCCCUAUUUUAGCGCCCUUAACGCGGGAGGCGGAAGACGCUGAACUUGCACUCGCGCUAGAAAUGAGUCUGGCUGAGGCUGGUGUGAAAGCGUAG